AUAUGCUCUUAGCACUGCUUUGUCUAACAACAGAAAACAGUUCAGUCAGUAUGUCUCAGUUGAUAAGUGGUAAGGUGGAGUUGCAGGUAUCUGCAAAUGCAUUAUGGAAAUGCUUAAGCAAGGACUUGGCUAAUCUUUUGCCCAAGCUUGUCCCAAAGCUAAUCUCUGGUGUUGAAAUCUUAGAUGGUGAUGGUGGCUUGGGAAGUGUAUUGAUUAUGAGAUUUCAGUCAGAUGCUGGAGAUAGUUAUCAGAAGGAGAAGAUAGUUGAGAUGGAUGAUGUGAAUCUUACUAUGGCUAAUGAAGUAUUGGAGGGAGGAUACAAGCAAAUGGGUUUCAGCUAUUUCAAGACCAGAUUUCAGCUCAAGGAAAUAAGUGCAUCUUUAACAAGUGCUGAAUGCACAGUGGAAUAUGAGACCUGUGGACCACAAAUGAGAUCACCAGAAGAAGCACUGCAAGCCAGCUUCUUCAUUGUCAAAACUAUGGAAGCUUAUUUACUAUCACAGUAAAUUCAUUUAAAGAAAAAUAGUUGGUUUUCAUGUAUUGUUCAAUCAUAGUCAUGCCAUCAAGUCAGCUAACAAGUACAGCUACAUAUAAGUUCAAAGUCAGCUUGUUUUCUUCUUGACAUAUAUGUAAUAAACUACAGCUUAUCUACUUUAAGAG